AUGUCUAAAGAACUCAUUGAAAAUGGCAAGCGUUUAGCUGCUUACAAGGCUGUCGAUGAGCACAUUUCUCCCGAGAAUCAAGUCGUUGGUAUUGGCUCUGGUUCCACUGUUGUCUAUGUCAUUGAAAGAAUCCUUCAAAAGCCCGAGUUAAAGCACAUUACCUACGUGCCAACAAGCUUCCAGAGCAAAUUAUUAAUCCUUGAUAAUGGACUGAAACUGGGAUCCGUUGAACAAAAUGACGUGAUUGAUGUUACUAUUGAUGGGGCUGACGAAGUGGAUGAUCAAUUGAACGCAAUCAAAGGAGGCGGUGCAUGCCAAUUUCAAGAGAAGCUUGUUGCUGAAGCCGCUAAAAAGUUCAUCAUUGUUGCAGAUUUCCGUAAAGAAUCCAGCCGCUUAGGAACACAAUGGCACCAAGGUGUACCUAUUGAAGUUGUGCCAUUAUGCUACCGAACUGUCAUGAAGAAGAUAGAGCAUGAACUCUCUAUCAAGCCCAAACAAGUCAAUUUGCGUAUGGCUGUCAAAAAAGCAGGUCCUGUGGUUACAGACAACGGUAAUUUUGUCGUGGAUGCUGAUUUUGGUCAAUUGGAAGAUCCUGCUAGUUUGUUAAAAGAGAUUAAAUUAUUAACCGGUGUCUAUGAAGUGGGUCUCUUUUGUCAGAUGGCUGCCAUGGCUUAUUUUGGUGAACAGGAUGGCAGUGUCAAUGUAUUGAAGAAAUAA